ACAGCAUAUCUCAUGCUUCUGUGGUGGUCGACAAUGUUCGGAAUGAGCCUUUUCUUCCAUUCAGUAUUCCAUUGUCAUUCCGUUCCCCAUCUCCUCUCGUCUCCCUUCAAGCUGUUAAGGACAGUGUUUCUAGUUUUGUACGCAAAACCACAGAGAAGAUUGAGAAAAUUGGUACCCUUCAUCUGAAUCCUGAUAGAAUCAGACAAGACGUUAAAGAUGAAGAGCCACUCUCAGAAGUGGCUGCCAGAAUAGAAGCACAGCCUCUGGAAAAAGAAGUUGAGCUACAGAGCCAGCCUCCAGAAGAGGAUUACCUUAAAGACAUCAAAGCAGUAACUACAGAAACUCUGGCCAGACUCCAGGAUCCACUUGUUUUGUUACAACCACAGUACUUGAGGGCAAUUUUGCUGGAUUGGAUUCCAUUUCUAGAAGAAGCCUGUGGAUUAAAAGCAGCUGUCAUUUUAGAUAAUGAGACAACUGAGAGAGACAAAGAAAUGCCUUUGCAACCUGAAGACAGAACUUUUCAAGAAGAUGUGCUAAAGGAUCAAUAUAAUGAACUUGAAGAUAAGGAACUGAACACAGUAUUGAGAAUAAACUAUGAAAAUGAAGAUCCAAAUACAGUACAGGGUGAAACUUGGGAAGAAAAUACUAAUUCAAGUACAAAUUAUCAGGCUGAUAAUAUAUUAUGUGAACAGCCUUUGAGGACAGAGGCUGUUUUCAACCAGCCGUAUCAGAUUAAUCCCCCAUUUUUUAUAGCACAGAACAUUCAGAAAGAUCUGAUAGAGCUGACAACUUUAUGUUUUGAAUUAAAUAUAUAUGAAAGUUCACAAGUAAAUAAUGAACUGUGUGUGUUACCAGAUAUUUCAUGUGCUCUGGCUUCUAAAUUCAUUAGGGACUAUUUUUUCCUCCUUGAUUUAGAAAGGCUGAAGAGGUGUAUUAUUACCUGUCACAACAAUCAUCCCGAAGUUUGGGAUGCCUAUAUGGAAGGUCUGAAAGAAUUGACUCUGACUAGCCCUGUGACAGUGGCACUUGAAAAUGGAGAUAUGUUUAAAACACUGAAAUUGCUAGUUGAUUUGGGGCCCUGGGAUGCUCCUGUUUUGCUGGCACAUGCUGAAAGGCUUUAUAAAAAAUUUGGAGAAACUUCUCUAAGACCUUUGAUCAAGUUUUAUCCUUUGAUUGCACCUUCAGAUAUCAAGCAAAUUUGUAAAAAUAAUCCUGAACAUUUUCUAGCAUAUUUAGACAGCCUUAUAAAAUCAAAGGCUGAAGAUGAACGUUUAUCAUUCCUUAGAUCUCUUCUUCAUCCUGAUUCAUUACAAGUAGAGUGGCUGUGUUUAGCAAUGUCUCAUGAUGCCCCACAUAAAACAAGCACAAUGGAUAUCCAAGGAAAUCCACGGCCACAUUCGCAUUUGUUUACUUGGGGGUAUAAUCAACUGAUUGUACUUUUGCUUAAUCUUCCGGCUGAUGUUGUAAGGAAGGAGAAAAUGACUGACAUAUGUCGAAACUAUGGCUUCUGGCCUGGAUUUAUUUCUCUCUGUUUGGAGUUGGAUAGAAGAUCUGAAAUAUUUGCUAAUAUUGUUCAUUUGGAUGAUAUGGAGUUGUUGAACACCAAAGAUGGGACAGUUCCGAAGACAAUAGAAGAGUGGAAGCUCCUUCUUUGCCUUGUGAAGAAUCAUGACAACAUCCUUGUUUCACAAGAUGACACUGCUGUUAGUAAUGGUACUCCUGAAUGGUCAAAUUCUGUUACUGUUGAAAAUGUUGCACUCCUUGCAGCCAGAAUAAUUGGCCCAGAUCGUUCUUUGCAGCUGUUGCAGGAAUGUGAUCUGGUACCUGAAUUAUCAGAAAGAUUUGCCAAGAUCUGUGACAUACUAAGAAUUGCUGAAAAACGGCAAAGAGCCUUGAUCCAGUCCAUGCUAGAAAGAUGUGACCGAUUUCUGUGGUCUCAACAGGCAUAAAAAACAUUCUGGAAUAUAAAGACAGUGAUAAGAAACAUUUUUUCCUACUUUGUACCAUUUUAAAGAAAAAUCUUUCUGAAUAGAAAAGGCAUAGUAAUGAAUAUAAUAAAGCUUGUUUUCAGUUAGAUUUCUGUUCAGUAUUAGAGAUUUAUACUGAUUAUUUAUGGAAAGUGUUGGAUGACGUUGCCAAAAAGAUGGAAAAACAUUUAUAUGCAAAAUAUUUUUCAACUGUUGGGAGUAAGCAUGAAGAUGGGAUUCUUUAUGUUGGAACAAAUUCUUAUGUACUUAAAUUUGGUUAAGAAUGAAAUAUUUAACAACUUUUAUGUCAGAAGUUUUUGGAUUUUUUUUGGAUAAAACAGCUUGCACAUGAAUAUAAUUACAAAUAUUUUAUAAUUAAAGAGUAAUCAUGUACUUUCUGAAUAAAAUAAAAAUCUUUGGCAUGGUGCAUUGUUCAGUUAAGCAUGACAUGAUUUUAUCUAACCUUCCACAUAUGUAAAAAAUAUUGUGAAAUUAUACUAGUUACAUUAAAAAACUGAAGUGGUAACUAAUAGAAUUGAGUAAUUCUAUUAAUUGGUAUUACUGGCAAUACCAAUGUCUAAUUCAAAAUAGGCACUCAUGGAACUUAUAUGUAUUUGAAGCUUACCUGUUUUAUCAUUUAGAGAGUUGAUACAAUUCAUUGUGGAAUAGAGAUAUGAAAAAAUUGCUGUAUUUUUCUAAAAGCCUGUCUGACAGGGGUAGGAAGGGGGACUCUCUUGCUUGGUUUUCAGGAAAUUGAAGACAUUGCUGGUAGAGAUAUGAAACUGGUGUCCUUUCUUACCAAGUAUUUGGCUGUGUUUUUCAUUUAUUCACUAUAGUGGUUUGGGUAGAUAAAUUACGCUUAUGUAUAUUUGGCAUGGAUCAUGUACUACUAAUUUUUGUUUAUUGCUAAGGUAGUGAUUUUUGGUCUGGUAAUUGGGGAAGGGAAAGGUUAUAAAAUUAUUAUGAUUAGUCUUGCAUUCAGCUGAACCUUCUCCUGAAAUGAAUUAGAAUUGCACCAUCUUUAUUCUCUGGUUUACAGCACUGCAAUAACAAGCAUUUCAUGCUCCUACUUAUUCAUGUGUUUCAGGGUAAUUAAACCGGCAGAAAUGUUUCUUUUCCUCUUAUGUUGAAUAAAGAAAAAGAAAUAUUUGUUUCAAAGCACUAAAUAAAAGACCUUGUAACUAUAUGCCACAAUCCAAAGAGUCCCAUUCCCACUUGCAGGCUUAAUCUGUGUUCAUCUCCUGUUUCUACAUAGUAGCUUCUUAGCUUGCUAUUUUAUUUUGGGGAAGCUUUUGAUGGAACCAUGGAACUAUGGCUGUGGCCAUAACUUUUCAACUCUUUAAAUCUGAGCUCACCCUGUUGUAUAAAUGAGUACUACCUCAUGUUUGUUUUAAGACUGAUUUAGAUGCACAGGGAGUUCAUGAAAUAAUAAUAUUUUGCACUGCAUUCUAUUUUCAAAAUUAUUAUUUUUGGUAUUUGUCUUAUCUGCCUUCUACUUUUAAAAGAAACAAUUCAUAAGCACUCAGUAUUACUUUGUAAACAUUUUUAUAUUAACAGAAAUCUGGAAUUGUGCUCAUGAUUUUACCUAACCUGAUGUUUAAUAAAGUUAAUAUAACUUACUUGUUGCUUCUUUAUUUUUCAGGACUUUCAAUGAUAAAGGUUACCACUGAAUGUUAGAUUUAGCUUUUUUAUAACCGUCAUGAGUAUUUCAUUGAAAAACAUUUCACUUUUCUUAAUAUAUGACUAACAAGUUUUCAUGAUAUUGAAAGCUUAAAAUUUUUGAAACUAAAAUCUCUACUUUUCAGCUAAAAUCCCCCAAAAGAGACAAGCACAGAGAGAAAGCUUUAUUUUUGGCACACUGCUUCCUGUGGCAAGGAAAGACUUGGACUUAAAUGAAGUCUUCAAAACUGACUUGCAGUGCCGAAAUAGCUUUGUUGGGGCAACUAAAUCAUAAAGAGGCUAUACCAUAGUCACCUAUUGAGGAAUAGAAAGGUGAACAAAAUUUAAGAAACCAAACAAGGAUUGCAAUCCUUAAAAGUUUUUCAUCCUGUGAGAUAUGAAAAUUUCUUCUUACAUGUCUGCCAUUAUUUUGAUCUCUGAUUCUAAAACCAAGGAAAUGUAUUGGUCUGGCAAAUCUUUAGGUUUUUUUUCAGGUGAAUAAUAUAAUCAGCUUCUCCCAAUAUUUUAAUUCUGUUAAACUCUUUGUUAUGCACUAGCAAGCUUACAACUUCUUUCUAGAUUUGUCUUAACUAUAUAGUAAUUGGAA